AUGCUUGGCCCCAAUAUCUCUGUUGGGAAAUACCUGAAAUGUUCGAAUUGCCUGACAACACCAAAGGGGUGGCUGGAUGGCUGUACAAAGUUUGAAUUUGAAGGACACAGGCUUGACGUUGCAAUAUUGACUUCUUUACAGCUAGUACCACUGGAGUGGGGGGCCCCUAGGCAGGGGGUCAGGCAUAUAGCCAAACUGCCUCCUCGAAAAGAACUCUCACCUAGAGACAAGAAGGGACAAUUUCUGAAGAAAAAGCACAGCAAUGGAGAACUUUCCAAUACCACAUUACCUUCCUCAGAUUCAUUGCCCCUAGAUACACCAGAGAUCAAUCAGCGAGCACUAGAGCACGAGCACGAAGAGUCAGAGCACGAAGUAAUAUGGCAAUUGGCAGAUGACAAAGAAUCAUUAACAGGUGCACUAGAUCCAUCAGCAAUCACCCUUCCAAACUUCAAUAACGAUAACGAGGAAAAAGAGGACAGUGAAGAAACAGAGAAUUUUCAGUUUCCCCCGGUAGAACCACCAAGCCCACCAAGGGAACCUCCUCUACCACCAGCAUUAACACCAGUGAAGCCAAGGGCAACACAAGCCACAGUCCACCAGCGCUAUUCCAUGGUUGAAACAGUGAAAAUGUACAGAACUUCCUGCGGGGUACAGAGAUAUCUAUGGUGGAUAAACCUUGAUGCAGCGCACAAGGUCAACUGGUUAGCUGUCAGAAUAGUGUUUAUUGCCAAAUGGCCGGUGAUAGUUGCGGCAGACAAGACCAAACUGGAAUACCAGAAAGAGUUGUUAGCGAUACACAUGAAGGAGGAAGAAAUAGUAGAAUGCAUCACAGUUACAGGAAUUGAGACAUGGUCACAUGUACACUUCCAUGGUACACUGAGGAAACUGGUACAGGAUGCAGGAGUAGACAACACACCUAUCCUGAUUCAACAAUUUCAGGAUGUGCUUCCAUGA